AUGCUCCCCCUGCUACUGCCGCUUUCAUUUUUGACUACGGGUUUAUUUUCUACUUCUCCUUCAUCCACUUCUGAUGCUAUUCCCUACAAAUUCACCAUAAGUGACGAAGCUACAAACUAUAUUCCCUAUGAUUUUGCCGGUUUUGCAUCGGAUUCUGAUAGCAAUCGUGAAAAGCGCGAGAUUCCGGACAGUUCGGACAUUGUAUUCCGCCGGAAAAUUCGAGCAGCGACGGCGAAAAAAGAGCGACAAUGGCCCGAUGGGGUUGUUCCUUACAUAAUUUCAUCCAAUUUCUCGGGCGAGCACAAGAACCUGUUCCUGAAGUCGAUGCGGCACUGGGAGAACCAUACGUGUAUCAGUUUCGUGCCGCGGACUCGAGCCCACAAGAACUACAUCGUGUUCACCGUCGACAAAUGUGGGUGCUGCUCAUACGUGGGUCGACGGGGCGAGGGACCACAGUCAAUUUCGAUUGGGAAGAACUGCGACAAGUUUGGCAUAGUGGUCCACGAGCUUGGGCAUGUCGUCGGAUUCUGGCACGAGCAUACGCGCCCUGAUCGGGAUUUGUAUGUCGAUAUUUUCUACAAAAGCAUUGAAUUCGGUCAAGACUACAAUUUCGAGAAGUCGAAGCCGGGGGAAGUCGACUCGCUGGGGGAGCCGUACGAUUUCGCUUCCAUCAUGCACUACGCGAGAGACACUUUUUCCCGCGGAAUCUUCCACGAUACAAUCCUGCCACGGCCGAGCUUCCGCCACGAAAUCGGGCAGCGCAUCGAGCUCUCUGAAGGGGAUAUUAGACAAACGAAGAAGCUGUAUAAUUGCCCCGUUUGUGGCCAGACGUUUCUCUCGGAAACCGCAGAGCUGACGCCGACGCACGAGGGGUACUGUGCUUGGCGAAUUAUUGCCCCUGAGGGAAAUACGAUAUUUUUGAAUGUGUCCGGCCAGGAUUUACAGCUACCCCUUGGGCCGUGCAACGAGGAAAUCGACAACUCGAUCGUCGUCCAUGACGGGAAUGGCAAGAAUUCGAAGAUGAUAGAAAAGCUCUGCGGCGACGAUAUCACCUUUAAAACGGUGGUCUCCAGCGGAAAUCGGUUGUUUUUGGAGUUUAGGACAUCACUACUGCCAAAUUUCCCAUUCGCCGUCUUUCACACGGUCUGCGGCGGGCCGAUCUACGAGGAUAGCGGCGUUUUGCAGUCUCCUAGGUACCCGGAUCCGUAUACGCCGGGCUCGGAUUGCCUGUGGCGAAUCCACGUGGAAGCCGGGCAUCAGGUCGCGCUGAAAAUCAACUUUUUUCAGGUCGAGCAGCAUAAAGACUGCAUCUACGACCGGCUGGUGAUUUGGGAGGGAGCUAAAGAAGGUGUUGGUGAGCCUUUGGCAAACCUUUGUGGUCAACUCGCCGACAAAUCAAUAAUCUCCAGGAGCAGUAAUGUGGUGACGAUACGAUUCACGUCCGACAACUCGGUGCAGAAGGGCGGUUUCGAGCUGGAGUGGCAGAAGGAGCUGGAUGAGUGCCACUCCGGCACCCAUCCCUGUGAACAUAUUUGCGAGAAUACUGUCGGAGGGUUUAGGUGUAAAUGCGAGAUCGGGUUCAGCCUGCGGGAGGAUGGGAGGACUUGUGAAAGUACUUGCGGCGGUUUCCUCCACGCUUCCAACGGCUCAAUCCAAAGCCCAAAUUUCCCCCAGCACUACCCACCCGCCAAACAUUGCGUCUGGGAAAUCGAGGCCCCGGAUGGAUAUCAGAUUUUUAUCAACUUUACCCGUUUCAACGUGGAGGGUAUGAAAACGGAGUGCGCGUACGACUUUGUGCGGAUUGGGGCGCGGAGCAAGCUGUGCGGCGAAUAUGCCGAACCGCUCCUCUUUACCUCCGAGACUAACCUCGUGCGGCUGGAGUUCGUUUCGGACGGCAGCGUCGAGCGUCCCGGCUUUUCGAUGAAUUUCUUCGCCGACCUGGACGAGUGCCAGCACCAGAAUGCCGGAUGUGAACAUGUAUGCGAGAAUAGAAUAGGCACCUAUAAGUGCAGCUGUAACCCCGGCUUUGUCCUGUCCGACGACGGGCACAACUGCAAGGAAGGCGGCUGCUUCUUUGAGCUCAACGACCCUUCAGGCGAAAUCACCUCGCCUAACCAUCCCAACGAGUAUCCAAAGGGAGAGAAUUGUACCUGGCAUGUGCUGACGACUCCUGGGCAUCGAAUUUCGCUGGACUUCGAGACGUUCGAGCUGGAGGAACACUCGUUGUGCACUUACGAUAAACUUGAGGUUUUUGAUGGAGCCUCCUCCUCAUCCUCUCUACUCGGUCUCUUCUGUGGCGGAAGUGUGCCCCCUACUACCGUAUCCUCCUCCAACCAGCUGUUCGUCAGCUUUGUGGCCGAUGCCUCGGUCAGCCGGAGAGGGUUCCACGCUACUUAUCAAUCAGAGUGUGGUGGUCAGCUGUCCGCCGAACGCUCGUCCGGUUAUAUUUAUUCGCACGCUUCAUACAGUGACAACAACUACCCCUCAAAUUCCGACUGCCACUGGAAAAUCUCGGCCAAUAAUGGAAAGGGCGUCAAAUUGAAGUUCCACGCAUUCCACAUCGAAUCCGACGCCGCUUGCCAGUACGACUACGUCGAGGUCUACGACGGCCCCGUUCCCAAGGAGCAGAAGUUAUUCGGCCGUUUUUGCGGGGAUACGAUGCCCGACGAGAUUGUGAGCACGGGAAGCGAAAUGUUGCUGGUGUUGCAUACUGAUGACAGCGUCGAGGAAAAGGGGUUCGUGGCCGAGUACGCGGAGGGGGCACGAGGAAGGGCCGAGCCGAGCGGAUGGCCCCGGCCCACCCAUAUUACCACCGAUAUUUUGAACAAUAAUAAACAUUUGAAU